GCUGUUGGCUGCUGCGAAACGUUUUGGCGUUUGGAAUGAUUACGGACGUGUUCUGUGCUUCGACAAGGCAGCACUUUUAAUCCGCGCGGUGAAGAGUUAUGGUGAGCGAUGCUUGUAUUGAUGGGGUGUUAAUAAGGCUGAACCGGCGACCGUAACAUGUUGGAAGGUUUUCGCGCUCUUGUCUGUCACUGGAUUAGAUUUGAAGACAAAUAUUGUAAGCUAGUUCCGCGCUGCAAAAUGUGACAGUUUGUGGGAGAGCUGUUUAUCCAAAUUCGCCAUCGGGGCGGACCGGCAAAUACUCGGUUAUUUGUGGAUCAAGCCCUCUCCAGAUUUCUUCCGCGGAGAACUAAACUGCCGAAAGAAACACAAAACAUGGUUUCACAAUAGUUCUUCAUCCACAUCAUCAAAAAUAGCACAUAUUGUGCUCCUGUACAGCUUUACAAAAAGAAAAUAUGAAGUUAGGAACAUUAUUUCUUACGCUGAUUUCAGUAACCGUUAUCUUCAUAUCUUUGCUACAGAGCAAUCUCGCAUGCCCAAGUGUGUGUUCCUGCAAAUGGAAAAAUGGAAAGAAAACUGCAGAAUGUACCGGUCAAGGUAUUACUAUUAUUCCUGCUAAUCUUGAUGAAGGAACCCAGGUGAUUGAUAUAAGCAGAAACAGUUUUAAUGAAAUUCCUAGUCGAGUAUUCCAAAAGAAAAUGUUGACAAACUUGCAGAAAAUAUUUAUGGCUGAAUGCAGCAUCUCUCGCAUUGCAUCCGAUGCGUUUUUUCAACUUAGUAACCUGGUUGAACUGGAUUUAAGUGGUAACCAGUUAGAAACUGUUCCUACAGAAGCUCUUAAUGACUGCCCAAACAUAAGAAGAUUGCAACUUGCGCACAACCCUAUUGAAGAAAUUGAUGAUGGUAUGUUUUCGUCAUUAUCUCAUUUAACUUUCUUAGGUCUCUCAAACUGUAGAAUAAAGCACCUACAACCAGGAGCAUUAAAGGGGUUGAAUCGCAUCGAGGUAAUUGAACUUGAUGGAAACCAGUUGACACAGUUAUCGAUUGAUGUGUUUGAACCUCUGCAAUUUUUAUUUGGACUUCAUCUAAACGAUAACCCGUGGCAUUGUGAUUGUAAAAUUAGAUUUAUUAGAGAGUGGAUGAUGAAUCGUAAUAUCCCAUUAGCUGUGCCUCCUCGCUGUGAAACUCCCCGUUCCCUAAACGGCAUUACUUGGGAAGGGUUAUCAUUGGAAGAAUUUGCCUGUCCUCCAAAAAUGAUUAACGUUCCAAAAGAAUUCACUGUUGUAUCAGGAAACAAUGCGUCCAUUCUUUGUCAAGUCAACGCAACUCCAAAAGCGUCAAUACAUUGGGAAGUGAACGGUAGAAGUUUAAGAAAUCUUAGUUUUACACCAGAACUUAAGGCUAAGUAUAGUGUAGAUGAAGAUUUAGCCAGGCAGACGAGUAUUUUAGUAAUUUACAACACUAUUGAAAAAGACAGCGACACUUACACAUGCAUCGCAGAAAACAGAGCUGGAACAGCUUCCAUAAAUUUCACGCUCACAGUCGCCUGCGCUAGUCGCUUGAAUGUCGUUUGGAAGAGCACACAUAUUUUGGCCGUAGUUUUUGGUAUUUUGGCUUUACUUAUUUUAUGCUCCGUCGUGGCAUUAUUGUUUAUUUAUCGGCCGUCGUCAUUAUUUUUUUGUUCAAAGCUGACCAGAAAAAAUGUUCUUCAACACAUGCCAUCAAAACGACAAGACAAUGUGGAAAUGAAUGACGUCAGUACCGAUAAGGAAGAGAAAGAUCAAAAAGUCACAGAUAAGCAACCACGUCAUGAAACUGGAAGCAGUGGUUACGGUUCCGACCAACUGACACCAGAUCUUGUCAGUAAAAUAGCGGAUACGAAUAACGGACCAUCAUUAUCGGCAUCCACUGCAAGUUGCAACCACUUGGAAUCUGACAAUUCGGCUCUUAUUGUUAGAUAUGCUACAGUUGUUGAGCAUUGGCCACUUGGGAAAGAAAAUGCUUCAAGAUUUGAUACCUCCCCCUUCAGGAAUCAUAUGUCUCAAGUAUAUUUGAAUCCAUUCUAUUCUAAGCAUGAUGAUGAUGCAUACAAUUGUGCACUGCAAUCGACAGGAGGAGCAGAAGGACACAUUCAGCUUCCUGAUAGUGUCGGUGACAGAUACAUACCUCAGAAUAACCGCGUCCGAACAUUAAGAGGGGGCUAUGAUUGCACAGGAGAUCUUAACCGCGAUGACUUAUACAAUAGUCAUAUUCAUGAUGACGCUUUUAAACGUCAUCCAAUAGUGGUUGCUAAUUCUUCAAGUCACUUCAACCAGCCAGCUAAAUUAAGAUUCUCUCCAGAUGAAGGUUAUGCGGAAGAAGGUCUGGAAGGCACUGAAGUGUAAAUGUGCAAAUUCAUUUUUGAAAUCUCAAUGUGCUCGAAAGUUUUUUAAUUACCCUAAAGUUAAAAAAUGGUGUGAACUCCUCGAGCUACGAAAAACUGUGGGAUAGCUCCAAGUAUUACCACUAUCAUUUGGAAUUUAAUCCUUUGGCUGGAUUGAACUUGCGAAAUAAUUCUGUUUUUCAUCAGGUGCAGACAUUGCAAAGAAACUGUUUUACGUAAAAUAACAAAGGUGUUGACUUUUAUACGACAAAGGUUUGAUCCAAAGAAUCCUUUUUAUUCCCUAUCAUUAAGCGAAAUCGCAUAUUAUCGUUGGAACUACUGUAUUUUGUAUAUGAAGUUCAAACUCCUUACUUGUAUAGAUGUGGUUUCGUGAGUCAAUGUUUGACUGUGGGCUUUCCUGACUGAAAUACUAAAAAAAAAAAAAAAAAAAACUUUAUAAAAUCAUUGCUAUUUUAUAUGAAAAGUGGAUGGAAUAUAUUUGUUGUAUGCUAUGUAAACGUGUGUAGAACAGCCCAUUUCUGUACACGCAUCAAGCAUAUUUGCUUUGUAAAGAUAUUUUUAUGAUCACCAAAUGUAGAUGCUAUUGUAUACAAAACCUCUUUUCAGAUUAUCAACAAGAAAGUCUUGAUAUUUUUUGAUUUCGAUUUUAGUCUUCAAAUUUCAAUCAAAAAAGUUACUGAAAUUUGCUACUGAACACAAUGAGAUGUACCACCAAAGUGAAAAUUAUAUAUCGUCAAAAUAUCCUAAUCAAAAGCUUCAAGUAAUAUUUAAGGUGCAUAAAAUUUUAAGUAUUGAUACAUUAAAAAUUACUUAAUGUGUAGCAUUUUAACUUUUUAUUACAGUUUGAUGUAUUUGGAUGUGACUAUCUUCUUAUAGUUCAAAUUACCUUUCGUACUAUUAUUCGUGAUUUAAAGGUGAUAUUCGCAAUCGGCAAUGUGCUGUAAAUACAAAUACUUUUUUUUAUUGCUAAAAUGGCCUUACCCAUGGUGCUACUUUGAUUCCUGCUUUUUAAUUUUAAACAUUUUCAGUGUUUCAGUAGAAGGAAGACGUGUUAAUUGCAUCGCGAGUUUCUGAACGUAACAAACUUGUAUGAUUGCUGAAAUCAAAAUUUUGAGAUUUUGUGUAGUUUUCUUGUUCAAGGGUCGUCCCAAAAUAAUUUCACGC